AUGCUCCAAUCAUCUGAUCAAGCACAACGUGUCUUAGACGAAAAGUCUUCCCUGCUCGGUGAAGGUUGGAAAGCCGUCGAGUCAUUUGAUGAUUUAUCCGACGCUUCUGAUUUCUCCGAUUACGAAGAGGAAAUGUAUGUGACUAUAGAUCUCGGAUCUUCGGUGGACGUGAAGAGUUUGCAGACCGAGUCAAACUAUCAACUCAUCGGAAUGGAUACACCUCUUCCCUUUUUGAAAGUCGGGAAUCAAAUAUAUCAAGGAGAAAUCACUCCUCUGAUAGGGGACGAAAUCAUCUUCACACUUGUUCGAGACCCCGACCAGCCUUCGAAACCAUCACAUCCCCCACUAGCCAUCUCCUCCCAACGACUGAGUUUCCGCUCCAUAACCCUCGUACCUCAUUCCGAAGCCCUCCCACCCGAAGUCCAGCCGAAGAUAGAGCCUCAAACACAAGCUGAGGAAUUCUCAACACCGGGACCCGAAGAUCCAGAGGCCCGCAAAGAGCGACUGAAGGCUAAGGCGAGUCAUUACACUAUCCGACCUAUAUUCGCAUUGCCACAUUCUGGAGGACGAGUCUAUCCAGGUAGGAAUAAAGGGAAAUCAGGCACCGCUGCUUCUUCCGUUGCUUCCAGAAGCAUCGACAGAGAGACUCCUGGUCAACUAGACCAGGAUCAAGAGUUUGCACAAAAUGAGGAUCCUGCGGGAGAAACUGGAGUGGAGAACCCACUUUUUGGUGGUGUGACAAUGGAGAAAGGGUCAUCAGGAGAGACAGCAGGAGAUGAUGCGGAAAUGGUCUCUCUUGAUCUUGCCGUAGGAGAUACACCCACUGCCAUCUCCACUCCUCGUCUUUCCGCUCCACCAAUUCCUGCUAUCACUGAUGUCGUCAAUGAGGACAUGGAGAGAAUGGAUCUUCAUCCACGCCGGAAUACGGAGGAUAUUGAUAUGGACCAUGAGAUCGUGGAUGUGGAUGAUAGUGAUGUUCCCGAAAGAACGACUGUUCAAGAAGACUCUUCUACCCCUGUGGCCAGCACAUCUGCCGUGAGAUUGACCAAGACCAAAAAGUCUACAAAAGUGGGAAGAAUGAUCAUAUACGAUAUGGAAGAAUUGUUUACGAUUGAUUUAAACACUCUUAAUGAUAAAUCGAGAUUGGAACUGCUAGACCAACCCAUUCAACCACACGAUAUCAUGGGAGGAGACGCCCCUAUGGCCAUCCGGGAAUUCACAAAGAAACAAAUUAUGAAGCUUCGUGCUGGUCUACCUAUAGACGCUCUGGGGAGGAAUGGUCGUGGAAGAGGAGGGAAGAAACAUGUUGUAGCUCGAGUGAGUAAAGGGAAAAGUAAGAAACAACUCACACAAAUCGAAUCUGGUGUACUUGAUGAACUUGCGAAACUUGGGAAUCCAUCCGAAUUUGAAUCACAGAACCCAGAGUUGCCUGAUGUUGGUUUAGAUGGUAGUGCGGAGAUCAUGGGACAAAAUAUGGGAAGUGAGGAGGGCGAAGAAGGUGAAAGAUAUCAAGGGAAAGGUAAAGGGAAAGAAAGGGAGGAUGUACAGAUAGAUCGAGGGAAAGGCAAGGAUGUCGCAGAGAGAGCUUUUUUCUUCGUUGGAGGAAAGGAAGAAGUGGAGAGGGAACGUAAAGCCAAACAGAAGGAAAGACAGCAGGAAGAAGAAACAAAUGAUCUGGUCAUUGGCGAUGUGAAUCAUGAGAGGACAGAGUCAACAGUAGGGAAAGUAUCACAAGGAGAGAUGGAAGUGGAAUGA